CGCUUUGGAUCGUCCACCAUGCCGCGACAACUACCGUGGGCCAAUAAGGGAAACAAAUCUAAGCCAACCCGACCACCAAAGCCAGCGCAGCCACAGGUCAUUUCCCAUUCCGACGAUGAUUUUGACGCUGGCUUGGAAAGAAAUGAUGUGCCUGAACGUGAGGGGUGGCUGCGCGCACCUUCCUCUUCACCACCGCCCGUCGCCGAACCUUCUCCGCCCGAGAUAGAGGUCAUGGACAGAGGGGUUAAUAGAUUUGACCUCCGUGAUGACGAGUGGAUCAUGGUUGAAGAUGAAUUUCUGCAAACAGCCAAACUCUUUACCCGGCAUCUCCAUCUUGCAGAGUACGAGCGCAUGAAGACUACCAUCGGGCAAAAGCGAGGCAAUAUUUCUAGACCCACGGUCCAAGAUGCUAGACCUUCUAUAGAAGGCGAAUUUAAACUGAGGGCCGAGGAGCAGCAAAAAUCUCAUGAGAAGGCCAUCAAGAACGUUGAUAUGAGCCUGGUAAAGCCCACCUAUGGAUCCUUCAAGAAGCCAAUUUCCACCAAACGGAACGCGAAAAAUAUAGGCGGGAGUUUGAGCGUACCCGCAGAAAACAAUAUGGAUACAUCAGAUAGUGACGAUCUCGACAUCCCUAGAAAACGACCCUUCAAUAAGAGGAUUGUGCCCAAUAGCAAGUCCGAUCCGGAUACGGUAAAGCCAUCUCUCCCCGGUCCAUCUUUCAUGGAUACGCGUGCAUCGAACACAACAAAGUUCAAUUUAGAAAAACCGAAUCAAACCGAUGCAACGAAACAAGCCGCAGUAAGACCUGAGAUCAAAGAGCCGGUAUUGACGCAAACAACGCGCACUAGCGAAUGUAGGACUGGUGCUUCAAUUUCCAAACGUACCGGCUCGAAAGAGGUGUCGGAGCGCCUCGCUAAACGCAAGGCGGAAAGAGAGAAGGAGGCCAAGAAGAAAGCGAAAGCAGAUGAGGUUGAGAUUCCUACGUUCAUGUUUUGA